AUGGAUGUUUCCAUGGAGAAGAGAGUGAAAGACAAAAUCGAAGAGGCUCACGAGCAGGAUGAGAUUGAGCGAUUGGUGGGCGAUUUCGUAGCCAGCCAGACUGGCUCUUCCGAGCGCCUGGGGGACAUUGUGUUUCGGGACCUGUCCGUAAUAGGAGCCGGAGUUGGGCAUGAACUUGUGAACAAUGUGCCCGAAGCUUUGAAUCGGUUGCUCAAGCUUGUUAACCCCGCUGCUUGGUGGUCUAGAAGGCCUGCCCCGUCUCGGGUCUUACUUCGCAAAAUGACUGGCACGGUUCGCGAGGGGGAGAUGUUGAUGGUUGUGGGCCGGCCAGGUAGCGGGUGUACGACUGCUCUCAAAGCUAUAGCCAAUAUGCGGGAGGAGUAUCUGGCCAUGGAGGGCAAUGUCUGGUUUGCACUGAAUGCCCGGCACUCUACUGCAGAUCCUGAUCGAGCAUCACACCUCGAACAAGACCUGAAGACUGUAUUACAACUUAUGGGUCUCGAACAAGCGGCAGUGGUCCGUAUUGGAAAUGAUCAUAUUCGUGGUAUCAGUGGUGGACAGCGUCGUCGAGUAUCUCUUGCGGAAGCCUUUUGCACGCGUGCAAGCUUGUAUUGCUUUGACAAUCCGACACGGGGUCUGGAUUCCUCCACUGCGAUUCGCUUCCUCAACGUUCUCCGAAAAUAUACCACUCGCAGCCGAUGUGCGACGGUAAUGUCUCUGUACCAGGCCAGCGACGUGGCUGUUUCACUUUUCGACAAGAUCUUGGUGUUGAAUGAAGGCCAUAUCGCAUAUUACGGCCCAGCAUCCUCUGCCAAAGGUUACUUUGAGUCUUUGGGGUUUUAUUGCUCACCACGCAUUUCCAUAUCGGAUUUUCUUGCAUCUAUGUCAGGUACUCCAGAUGGCCGAACACCGCAGGAUGCCUUGCAACGACCGGUGCCUCUUCGGCCGGCUGACUUCGAGGUCCGAUUCUGGGAGAGUAGCUUCUAUCAGCAGGCGGUUGAUGCAGCCAUAGCCCCUCAGUCUACGGCAGUGUUACCAAAGCCUUCUGGAUACGCUCUGCCCUUCUAUCGUCAGAUAUACGAGUGUACUGUCCGCCAUUAUCAGAUUUUCCUGACUGAUCGGGGUACUUGGAUUGCUGAGGCAACAGGAACCAUUGUGCAGGCUCUUCUUCUGGGCACUUUGUUUCGAGACCAGCAAGAUGUGACUCAGGGACUAUAUACGCGUUGCUCGGCCCUAUUCUUCUGCGUACUCAUCAUGGGUCUACAAGCUUCUGCUGAGUUUGGAAAUACCUUCGUCCAACGCCCAAUCUUGCUCAAGCAGAAGGCUUUACGGUUUUACCGACCAGGAGCAUAUGCCCUUGGACAAAUUCUCGCUGAUAUUCCUUGGAAAUUUAUCUUCAUCCUUUAUUCGCUUCCGAUUUACUGGAUGAUCAACUUUCAGCGCACAGCUGGUCAUUUCUUUACCUGGCUCGUCUGUCUCUACUUGGGUUUGAUGGCUUUGAGCGUCAUGUUCCGGGCCAUUGCGGUUUUCACAAAUUCUCCCACUCGGGCCGUUCUUCCAGUCGGUCUUCUACUCAACGUGUUCAUUAUGUACACCGGCUUCUAUAUCCCUCCACCGGGGAUGAAAGUCUGGCUGUCAUGGAUUCGGUACCUUGAUCCGAUGUACUACAUUUUCGAGUCCAUUGCUCUGAAUGAAAUUGGAGACGGCAAUUAUCAAUGCAGCUCUGAUCACAUUGUUCCCCGCGGAGCAACAUACAAUGACACCACAUUUCAAACAUGCGCGGUGUCCGGUUCUGUACCAGGCAACUUGAACCUGUCCGGAAAUCUUUAUAUUCUUGCUGAAUACGGUUUCAAGUACAUCCACAAGUGGCGCAACGUUGGUAUCAAUGCGGCGUUUUUUGUCUUCUUUGCGAUUUUGGUGACGAUUGGAAUGGAGAGAUUCCGCAAUGCCACUGAACGCAUGUCAACUAUCUACUAUCAGAAGCUGCCAUGGACAAAAACCUCAACUUCAGAUCUCGCAGAUGUUGAAAAGCUGCCAGUGACCACUGAUUUGGGAGGGUUUGAUGCCACUUCCAAUGACGAGUCGUCUGUCAGCCGCCUCGAGGCGGUUCAGCAUGUCUUUGCAUGGCAAGAGUUAUCUCUUGAGCUUGGCGACGGGAAACGAUUGCUUCAUGAAGUUUCCGGUCAAGGGAGCUCUAUGUUGACAGUUAAUGCAGGUUGGCUUCAACCUGGAUCAAUGACUGCCUUGAUGGGAUUGUCAGGCGCAGGCAAGACUACACUUCUCGACACCCUUGCCCAACGGAUUAACAUUGGUGUUUUAUUGGGAGGACUUUAUCUCGAUGGAUGUCCAUUGCCACAAUCUAUGGGACGCCGAACUGGGUUUGUACACCAGAAUGAUAUUCACCUCGAUUCUUCAACAGUACGAGAGGCUCUGCAGUUGAGUGCACGGCUUCGCCGCCCAGAAAGCAUUUCUCUGGAAGAGAAGAUGACUCAUGUUGAAGUCAUCAUCAAGCUAUUGGAAAUGGAAGAUAUCGCUGAUGCAGUCAUCGGUGUACCAGGAGCUGGACUGAAUCUGGAGAGACGCAAGCGUGUAAGUAUUGGAGUUGAGCUGGCGGCCAGACCAGACAUUCUCCUCUUUCUUGACGAGCCGACCUCGGGGUUGGAUGGCAAUUCGGCCCUGUCCAUUGUCCAACUGAUGCGCAAGCUAUCAAAUGCUGGGCAAACGAUCCUCUGUACAAUCCACCAGCCGUCAUCUCAAAUGAUUGAACUGUUCGAUUCGUUGCUUCUUUUGAUCCCCGGUGGAAAAACUACAUACUUUGGCCCACUUGGUCCUCGGUGCAAAAAGAUCAUUGAUUACUUUGCUCGCCAUACACGGCCAUGCAGAGAUACGGAGAACCCGGCCGAUUAUCUAUUGGAGGUCAGCUCCAGUACCGAAACAGACUGGUUCCAGAUUUGGAAGGAGUCCCCAGAGUUCUUGGCUACACAGGAGCAGCUUCAGGAUAUACUCCAGGAGAAAGAAGAUACCAGCUUAUCGGGGUCCGAUAAAGCGUAUGCGGUGCCUUAUCUUGAGCAGCUCCGUGUAGUUACCCGACGGGCCUUCAUCAACUACUGGCGUGAUUCGGACUAUGUUUUGGGCAAAGUUCAACUCAAUAUUUGGAUGGGAUUGAUGAACGGGCUUACCUUUUUGCAACUAUCCAACGACUUGGCCGACUCUCGUGGGCGAAUGUUUUCCAUAUUUGUGAGUGUCAUUACCGGGCCCGUCCUCAGUUUGCAAAUUGAGCCCCGGUUCAUAAUUCUGCGUGACCAGUUCCUGGCAAGGGAGAAUGAGUCACGCGUCUACCAUUGGAGUGUCUUUACCAUCAGUGCUUUGCUUGUGGAGAUCCCUUUCACACUGCUAGGAGGGCUCAUAUACUGGCUUCUGUGGCACUACAUGGUCGGGUAUUAUUACACCUCGGAUCGUGCCGGCUACGCUUUUCUCAUGUAUGAGCUCUAUUCGCUCUUCGUCGCGACUUACCGCGGCCCUUUUCCCCACCGUGCUGGCUGCCCAGACGGCAACCGGUUUUGUCUGGUUGGUGGUGAACACAUUCAAUGGCCCGCUAUCCCCCCUCCGUUGACACCCCGCGGAUGGCGUUGGUUUUACAGUAUUUCACCUUUGUUUUACUAUAUCGAAGGUAUCGGCACCAAUGCCAUGCACGCUUUGGAUAUUACAUGCGAGGGGUCCGAGAUACAGAUAUUCAAGGCUCCUCUCUCGGAGACAUGUGCAUCCUUUGCGGCUGAAUUUUUCAACAUGUCCAACUCCACGGGAUAUCUUAUCAAUCCAGAUGCCACUGACCAGUGCGAAUACUGCAGUUACGCUGAUGGAGACCAAUAUGUUACGCAAUAUGACUUUGAAUAUUCGCAAAAAGGUAACAAUGUUGGAAUCUUUAUCGGCUUCAUCCUGUUCAAUUACACAAUGGCUGUUGUUGCUACCUAUUUGAUUUUCAUAUUCAAAUGGCGUAAGUGA